AUUGCAAAUGUUCCCGCGUUUACGAUGAUAUUCAAAUUGUUUAUUUUCUUUUUAUUAAAGACCAUUUUAGCCGCAAGAAUCUUACGACGAUUUCACUGUGCACUGGAAACGUCAAACGUUGUUUGGAAACAAUUGGUUCUGUGUUUUGCAGUCCGCUGAAAUCCGAAGAGACCGAAACUAGAAACAUGAACUACGUAGAAAAUUUGCUUAUUUACGCGAGAAAUCUUUCACCAUUCUAUAUCUUCAGCAUGGUGAUUUCGCUAUGUGUUGUUUUACUGACGGCAUACCUCGGGUUCACGGGAUGCACCGCGACGUUGGAUCACGAUGAACGGAACGAUGAGAAGCAGAAUAGCAGCAGUGCACACAGUAAAACCGUUCCUCAUAAGAAGUUUGCUACUGAAAACGCGAAUGAUGAUCUAAGCGAUCAGUUGGAUGAUUCGGCGGAAGACUGUAGCAAUAAUGAUAGUGAGCAAGAUCAGGAACAGGAAAAUGAAAUCAAUCGACAGUUGCACAUCGAAUCCUUGGGCCAGUUAAAGUCAGCGAAACUUAAAUCGAUUGAAAAAUCACUAACCGAAGAACAACGCCAAGCGGAAAAGGAAAUUGAACGAGCCCAGCUAGCUGCUAUAUUUGAGCUUCUGAAAAAGCAAGCCGAUAGUUCUAAUUUAAAAGAGGAAGACCUUAAAGAGCAGCUUAGUUUGUAUCGCUAACAUUGUGCUAUAAAUUUUAUAUAAUUACAUUUCGUGUGCUAGUCAAUUGUUAGCAGUAGAUUCAGAAAUGAGUGUCCAUUUGAUGUAGGUACUAGAUUUAUGUUGCAGGGACCAUUAGGGAAUUCCGUGAACAAUCACAAUCAUAUCGAGAUAUGCACGUUUAUACCCAACAGAAGUUUUAAAACCUAUUUGGAGUGUUUUUAUUUUUAGAAAGAGAGCGUUUGCCAUGUCCCCAUAGUCAUAGAAACUCGAAUAGUAGUAAAACAUUGAAUAUAUAAUAACAUACCAGAUUUAUUUACAUGA